AUUUGUACAUGAUCUCUAUCAUUAACUCACUAAAUAAAAAUAUCUACGCCAUGGAGUCGAAUGAAUCUAGCACCAAUAUCUUAGGGCUCCAAGCCCUUCCUAAGGAACUCCUAAUAAUGCUUUUCGAGUUGCUACACGAUAUUAAAGAUUGUAUGAAUCUAUCCUCUACCUGUCGCCUGCUUAGAUCAUGUAUGGCUGCGGUGCACCCGCACUCAAUUCUGCAUCUUGCAUGGGCAUCAAGUCGGACUUUCUUCCGUCCAUCGCCGCACUUCCUCUGCACCGCCGUAGCGGCACAAGUAGGUGCUUGGGCCCGGGAAUCCGACGAAAAUGAAGCGGAAUUCGCAUCUGGGAUGCCGAUGGGCGUAGAUCACAUAAUGGAAUUGGCCCUGCGUCAUAAGCAAAUCGGUCUAACUUUAGAACGUAUCCGUGAGCUUUACGAAAUGCGAUUCUCCGUCAUAAAUCCAAUCUCGGAUCUUAUCGACAAAUGUGUUGGCAAGCAGUGGUAUGCAACCCCCAAUUACUGGGAUGGCGGCGUGGAUGAUGCAGCCACCAUCUUUUCCCAAGAAGAUAUAUUGAUCUUUUUCCUGGCCACCUACGGGGAGCUGUUUGGACCCGAUUUCGAGCCCUUCCUCGACUCGGAUCUUUCCUCUAGGAGAACACUGAAAGUCGAGACGCGGCUUGAGUUCGUCAAGUAUUGCAUACCGGAUGCCAAUACGUGGAGAUUUGAAGACACCGAGGGUGCCAGACUCCCCGACGGAUCCUUGGAUCCGCGUCGAGCCAUAUUUAUCCUCCCAGGCGGCCCGUAUCACCUUGGAAACCAUUAUAUGAACGCUCAGGCGAUAGUCUGGUUAAUGAAAAGUACACGAUGGAGGCCUCAUUGGGAAAAGGCACGCCGGGAUGCCGGAGCAAAGCCGGACUUUGCGAAGGAACUAGAUGUGCAAUAUUUCAAUAGAGGCGUAGAUAUAGAUUGGAAGCAGAAUAUGCUGGAAAAUGUGAUGCAGUGCCAGGGUUUGGGGGCCUUAGGCAUGAUCAGGCCAGACACCGAGAUUGCGGAACGGUAUAGACCAAAGAUCAGAGAGUGGAGGGAGAAGAUCGAUUGUCUCAAGGUAGAACCUCAAAGAGUCCAAAUAUGUUCAUAUAAGACGCACGAAUACCCAGAUCUCUUAGGAGAUUUGUUAUGUAUAAGUGGUGAUAUAGAUCAUUAAUGCUGGCUUGAUAGCCAGCACAUUUAGCGCACAACUUUAAUAUAAAUGCUAGG